AGGAGGGGAGGGGGGGGAAGGGACGGCCGGUCCCGUCAGUCAGGCAACGGUAGCCGCCCGGAGCGGAUGGCGGCGGCGAUCGCGGCCUCAUUUGCCGCCGGGGGUGAGGAGGCGGCGGCCACGACCUCCGUUCCAGGAUCUCUGGGUCUGCCGGGGAGCCGCAGUGCAGAGCGGGCCCUCGAGGAGGCCGUGGCUACCGGGACCCUGAACCUGUCCAACCGGCGCUUGAAGCACUUCCCCCGGGGCGCGGCCCGCAGCUACGACCUGUCAGACAUCACCCAGGCUGACCUGUCCCGGAACCGGUUCCCCGAGGUGCCAGAGGCGGCGUGCCAGCUGGUGUCCCUGGAGGGCCUGAGCCUCUACCACAAUUGCCUGAGAUGCCUGAACCCAGCUUUGGGGAAUCUCACAGCCCUCACCUACCUCAACCUCAGCCGAAACCAGCUGUCAUCGCUGCCGUCCUACAUCUGCCAGCUGCCCCUGCGGGUCCUCAUUGUCAGCAACAACAAACUGGGAGCCCUGCCUCCCAACAUCAGCACCUUGGGAAGCCUUCGGCAGCUUGAUGUGAGCAGCAAUGAGUUGCAGUCCCUCCCCACAGAGCUGUGCAGCCUCCCUUCCUUGCGGGAUCUCAAUGUUCGGAGGAACCAGCUCAGCACCCUGCCUGAUGAGCUGGGGGACCUUCCUCUUGUCCGCCUGGAUUUUUCCUGUAACCGCAUCUCCCGCAUCCCGGUCUCCUUCUGCCGCCUCAGGCACCUGCAGGUCAUUCUUCUGGACAGCAACCCCCUGCAAAGCCCGCCUGCCCAGAUCUGCCUGAAGGGGAAACUUCACAUCUUCAAGUACUUGUCAACAGAGGCUGGGCGGCGUGGGGGCGCUGCACUGGGGGACCUGGCCCCUUCCCGCCCCCCGAGUUUCAGCCCCUGCCCAGCUGAGGACUUAUUUCCGGGACGUCGGUACGAUGGCGGGCUGGACUCAGGCUUCCACAGUGUUGACAGUGGCAGCAAGAGAUGGUCUGGAAAUGAGUCAACUGAUGACUUUUCGGAGUUGUCGUUCCGGAUAUCGGAGCUGGCCCGGGAGCCUCGGGGGCCCAGGGAGCGGAAGGAGGAUGGCUGUGCUGAUGGAGACCCUGAGCAGAUUGACUUCAUUGACAGCCACGUGCCUGGGGAGGAUGAAGAGCGAGGUGCUGCCAAGGAGCAGCAGCCACCAGAAUUAAGCCCUGUAGCAGGGGAAAAGGAGAGGGCACCAAGCAGCAGGCGGGAGGAACUGUCUGGAGAGGAACGGCGCCGCCCGGACACUCUGCAGCUGUGGCAGGAGCGUGAGCGGAGGCAGCAGCAGCAGCAACAGAGUGGAGUGUGUGGGGCCCCCAAGAAGGACAGUUUUCUGAAGCUGGGGGUCAGGGCUCCUGGUGGAGGUGCUACAGCCUUGUCCACUCAGGCCACUUACAACGGCAUGCCCAAGUCCAGUGUCACCCAACUGGGAGCUUCAGGGGGACAGGGAGCUCCUGUCUCAGCCCCCACCUCUCAGGAGUCCCCUCCUAUAGGUGGACCAGUGACAGCACCUGCUCCUCGGCCGCUCGGCUCCAUCCAGAGACCAAAUAGCUUCCUCUUCCGUUCUUCCUCUCAGAGUGGCUCAGAGACAGGAGAUGUGUGUGCCAGACACUGUAAUCCAGCUACAAAGUCUACAGUGGUAGUGGAGACAGCCCCACACCCUCCUUUUCCAGGUCCUUCCUCACCAGACUCUGUCUUGAGACCUCGGCGAUCCCCCCAGCUUCUGGACGAGAAGGAGCUGAUGGCUCAACUGCGCCAGGUCCUUGAGUCGCGGCUGCAGCGGCCCCUGCCCGAGGACCUGGCAGAAGCUCUGGCCAACGGCGUCAUCCUCUGUCAGCUGGCCAACCAGCUGAGGCCCCGCUCUGUGCCCUUCAUUCAUGUGCCCUCACCUGCUGUGCCAAAACUCAGUACCCUCAAGUCUCGGAAGAAUGUGGAGAGUUUCUUAGAAGCCUGUCGAAAAAUGGGGGUGCCUGAGGCUGACCUGUGCUCGCCCUCGGAUCUCCUCCAGGGCACCGCCCAGGGGCUGUGGACCACCCUGGAGGCCGUGAAGCGGGUGGGGGGCAGGGCCCCCCCACCGCUCUGGCCCCCCUCUGGUCUGGGCGGCUUCAUCCUCUUCUACGUGGUCCUCAUGCUGCUGCUCUAUGUCGUCUACACUCAACUCCUGGGUUCCUAGGACCUGAAGUCACCCCUUCCCCCACCACCUUGCCCUAUUUCUAUUUAUAAGACUCCUGUGCAACCCCCAUGCCCACCAGUGGUGCCUUCAGCCCCUACCAAAGACACUAGUGAACCCUCCUCCCCUCACAAACACUGACCUCAGAGGCCCCACUCUGGUACCCCCAGAUCCUGGGCACCCAGCCUCUGGCCCCUCCCAUCUCAGUGCUGAUGGUGCCUUCAUGCCUUCUCCCACCCAGCCCUGCCCUCUGCUCCCCCAGAGGGGGUGGAUCUUAACCUUCCUGUUUUCACUCUCUCUCCACCCCCUACUUCCCACCCCCGAUAUUGGGGGCUAAAUUAUCUAUAUUUUGUAGAGAGAACUCUAUAUUUGUAGGAGAUGCAAGGCCCAGUCUGGGUCCCCAUCUCAUGUAUAAAUUGUACAGACUGUG